AUGCUCAACGGAAUACCACGGAACAACAUUCCGAGAAUAUUUCGACAUGCAAUUGGACUAGUUUACGAUCUUGGUAUAGAUUACCUGUGGAUCGAUUCAUACUGCAUCAUUCAAGGCGACCAACAUGAUUGGGAAGUGGAGUUUCAAAAGAUGGUGACCAUGUUCCAAAAUUCUUACAUUACGAUUGCGGCAACUGCUGCCCAGAAUAACGAGGCUUGA